CUAGGAAGCUGGGACUCGUGAAGCGGAAAACAAAAGCUAGGGCUCGGGAGUGGUUCCAGUCUUCCAGAAGAUUAUCGCCAUCACCACUCUCACCCUCUUCUUCUUUGUCUUCCUCUCUCUAGAGGAGGUUCAAAAGAACAUGUCUUCCGAUACUGCAAAGGAAAAUGCAUCUGUAGUUGAUUCAUCAGUGACUGAUUGGAAACAUGAUAUGGGGAAUUUUGAUGAUCCAGAAAGCUCAAGCUACAAAGCAAAUGAGGAUGGCUAUCCAUCUGGGCCCGAAGAACAGCGGCAUUCUCACACUGGAAUGCUAAAUUCAAGUGCAAAUAAAAAGGGUAAAUUGUAUAGUACAAGAUAUUUCAUCAUUAAGAGUUUGAACCAUCAUAAUAUCCAAUUAUCGAUGGAGAAAGGAAUUUGGGCUACUCAAGUCAUGAAUGAACCAAUUUUGGAAGAAGCUUUUCAUAAUUCUGGUAAAGUGAUUCUAAUAUUCAGUGUCAACAUGAGUGGUUUCUUCCAAGGGUAUGCCCAAAUGAUGUCUUCUGUUGGAUGGAGACGGGACAAUGUAUGGAGUCAAGGAAGUGGUGGAAAUAAUCCUUGGGGACGCAGUUUUAAGGUCAAAUGGCUGCGAUUACAUGAUUUGCCUUUCCAAAAAACGCUGCAUCUCAAGAAUCCACUGAAUGACUACAAACCUGUCAAGAUCAGCAGGGACUGCCAGGAGUUAUCUCAAGAAAUUGGAGAAGCUCUUUGUGAGCUCCUUGAUGGAAAGACUGAUGUGGGUGACAAUCUAAGAAAGAAUGACUUUUCUGGUGAUGAUCUUCCUCCAAGAAGGCCUUUUAUGGAGCCUUCAUGUUCUUUACCAGGUGAAGAGUAUAACCUGUCUUCAAUGCAUAUGACAUGGACACCCAUGCUUUAUCCUUCCUUGCUCUACCAACAUAAAGCUGAAGCAAAUAGAUUCCAUUUAGCACACCAGAGAUCGACCGGACCAUUUCUUCCUGAAAAUUUGCCUAUCUCUUCUGGGCCAUCGAAAGUUACAAGGGUGAAACAUCCUCGGAUUAGUGGUAACUUCACUAGUGUACAAGUGGAUCAUGAUAUGUCUUCUGGUUUUGAUGUUUGGAAUAUGUCAGCUGAGAGAAGCCCUCUUGCUAGUACACUGACUGAGGAUGAUAUUCUUGAAAUGUCAUAUGAAGAAUACCUAGAGGCUCAUAGCAGAAGCAACAAAAAGUUAUCCCAACCUGCAGCUGGACCAUUGCGGAAAAUACAGGAAUCAACAAAUAAAGAGCACAGCGAUUCUUACUCCCGUCCUGUUGCCGAUCGGUGCCACUCACGGAAAAGGACUCAUCAUUCAUCCUCCAAAUGACUGCAUUUCAGCAGACCAGGCUUGCUUCGCUGGGGCAAAUUUCGGAGAAGUUACUUUGUUGUGAUCUGUAGAAUCAGGAUUCUUAUUACUUUUGUGUUGUAUAAAUCUUUAUGCUAUGAUUUUUAUGAUUUCAUCACAGAAGAAGAAAACUUGUUUUGGGGUGGGAACCAACUUGUACAGAAAUUGAAUGGGUAACACCGCCCCAACCCGACCCAUCUUUUUCCUUCCUUUUGGACUCUAGGGAUGAGAAGAUAAAACUUCAUAUAAAGUAACGGAGCCAGAGUUAGGCCAUUUGAAUGCCUAGAUAUUGUAUGGGCAUAGAAACCAAUUACAGUUGAUAGAAUAUGAAGAUGUAAAAAUUAUCCA